GUCCGGCCACUUCCACCUCCGCUGGCGGCUCCUUAGCUGUUUAUUUUUUGGGGGGACUUUUUUUUUUUCUUUCCCCUUCAUUUCCCCCCCCUUCUUCUCCCUUCCUGCCCGCGGGACUAAGGCGACCUAAAUGAAGGAAAGAAGAGCGAGCCAGAAAUUAUCCAGCAAGGCGGUCAUGGAUCCUAACCAGAACGUGAAGUGCAAGAUCGUGGUGGUGGGGGACAGCCAGUGCGGGAAGACGGCGCUGCUCCACGUCUUCGCCAAGGACUGCUUCCCCGAGGUGCGUGGGGCGGGAUAUGGCAGGCGGACCAGGCUCACGACUGGGGGACAAGGAUGUGCCCCUGAACUUUACCAGCUCCAGUGCUGGAGGGAGGUGGAAAUGGCCAGGUCCCCUUACUACGACAAUGUCCGUCCACUUUCUUACCCAGAUUCUGAUGCUGUCUUGAUUUGUUUUGACAUUAGUCGGCCAGAAACUCUUGACAGCGUGCUAAAAAAGUGGAAAGGUGAAAUCCAGGAGUUUUGCCCUAACACCAAAAUGCUUUUGGUUGGUUGCAAGUCGGAUCUGCGUACAGACGUGAGCACGCUAGUAGAACUUUCUAAUCACAGGCAGACGCCAGUGUCCUAUGAUCAGGGUGCGAAUAUGGCCAAACAGAUUGGAGCAGCAACAUAUAUUGAAUGCUCAGCCUUACAGUCAGAAAACAGUGUGAGAGACAUUUUUCAUGUUGCCACCUUGGCGUGCGUGAAUAAAACAAAUAAAAAUGUUAAACGAAACAAAUCACAGAGGGCAACGAAGCGGAUUUCACACAUGCCUGGCAGGCCAGAACUUUCUACAGUGGCUACAGACUUGCGAAAGGACAAAGCAAAGAGUUGCACUGUGAUGUGAAGGACCUAGAUUACCUUAAGAAGGAGGACGAGUGUGUUCAGGAGAGGUGAAGGCUCAAUGAAGUACACAGCCACAUGGUAUAUAAUGAGGGCUUACGCCAGUGCUUUAAAGGAGACUCUUCACUCUGUUGUGUGAGAUUGUACUUAGGAACUGAGGAUGUAGACCAAGCAGUGAAAAGAAAUGGCUCUAAAUGAGGUGGCAUCAAGAAAUGUAACAUGGAAGAAAAUGCCAAAAAAGGAAAAUAUUUGAAUGUGCUGAGAAGAGAGAAGGUGAAUGGAAAAAUAGCACAGCAAAGAGAUGUCCUUGACAAUACUUGUUUUGUUAAUGCUCUACUCUUGGAUGCUACCACUUUGAUUUCGAUAAAAUAAUACUUUAACGUUUUUAAAACCAGACUUAUUAAUGUGCCCUCCUCAUUAGGGAGCUAUUCCUGUGACCUUAUAGUUGGUUUUCCAAAGGAUAUGAUAUAAUUUUCUAGUAGCCCAUCACUAAAAUGGAAAUUACGUGAAGGCCCGUGGGUCACCUAGAAGAAAACACUGUAUGUGAGAAGUUUGGAGUUUGUGCUGACAUCUCAGCAAGGCAAUCUUGCAAACUUGAGCAAGUUGAAGAUGAUGACCGUUUGAGACUUCCCAGUAUUAUAGGUGCCCUCGCUACAGGUCAAAUUGGCGUGUGGGGGCAAGCUACCUGCCUGUUCCAGGACUCUUGACUUUCCAUUCCUCUGUAGUUGUAAUUUAAAAUGGAAAUGAUCUCAAGUUCUGGUGUACUGUAUGGGUAUUUCACUGUAGGUUCAACUAUAAAAUCAAAUGAAAGGUGCUAAGAGCUCUGAUUACAAAUGAUUGUUAGUUUUGAGAAAAUAAUUCAUUAAGCCUUACUGCCUAGCUGAGGAAGCCCUGAGACUCCUCUGCUUCUGUUAGGGCCGGUAGAGCCCAGCAGUUAAGAUUUAGCCCUCUGAAAAUGCUAUGGGGAAGAGCUAUUCCGUGAUGUGGUUCUCUGCGGUUAUGCUUAAAACCAAGAAUCUGCAAAUGAACCGGCAGAGCCAGAUUAUCUUGUAUGCGAUACACUCCCCUAUGAUUAUUUGGGGCAGCCGUCUCUUACUACAGAUUUCAUUCGCUCAUGGUGAGCGCUGUGAGGAAAUGGAGUCUGCAGAACUGUGACGCCUUAAAGGGUCCCCAGUGGAAACGGGAUACAGCGUUUAGUCUGCAAGACUAAUGCAUACGUAUCCAGACAACGAUCAUUUAAACAUAACUUCAGUGAACCAGAUGAGUCAAAUUCUUCUUAGCUUGCUGAUUACUGUUGUUAAAUUAAAUAAAUCAGCCUUUAAAAUAGUUUGCAACUGUUUCCUGACCAACUUCACUUCAUGGCUUCUCUCAAAGAAAGGAUACUGUAAGCUCAAACCAGUGUGGCUAUAGCUUGUUGAGAACAAGCAUUGUUUCUGAUGAUAAUGCUUCAUUUUUGAAGUAUUAAAGCUGUGUUCAUGUUGAUUUGUGCAAAGGUAAAGGAUUACCAUAAUUAAUACCCAGCUCCAUAUGUUCCCAGCACUUUGUUUCAUCUGCUAAAAGAAGGAAAAAAAACUUCCAAUUGUUUCCCACAAAAAGACAUUUUUACCACCAUUAAUAAGCUUUUGACUGAUGCAACCAUGCGCUUAGGGCAGUAUUACAAAAUAGCUGGUAAGUGCUUUCUGUAUUUAAAUAUUGUGAAAAGAAAAUAAGUUAUAACUGUUAUAAAACAGGACAUCCAUUACUUUUUUUAAUUGUUGAAGUCACUUUGUAUGUUUGGUUAAUGUUUCUGCAGUAUUUAUUAAAAUACCUUUUUUUUCUUUGAAUAAAAAAAGUAAUUGACUUGUAGUGUAAAUGGCCUUUGUGUGUUAGUUCAUUGUUACUUGUGUGUUUUGUGGACGUAAUUGUACAGAACCGUAGGCCAGGCUUAGCUUGGAAUUGGGAUGUGAGCUGAAUAGAAAUCAGUCUCACUGACUCUUGCAAAAGCAUUUUGGUUUUUUUUUUGCCGCUUAU